AGAGCGCGAGUUCCCCGGUCUCUUUCGUGGUCUCGGUUGCACAAAGAGAGCCUACAAGAUGGUUCUUCGCGACAACUCCACACCGGUGAUCCAGCCAGCACGCCGGGUGGCGCACGCGCUACGUGCGCCUCUGAAGGCAGAGCUCGACCGAAUGGAGACAGCAGGUGUCAUCGCGAAGGCACCAGAACCGUCCGACUGGUUUGUCCCUGGAAAGAAGCUGGUGAUCGCGGACACACUCUCCCGAAUCUCCGGUGGUUCCCAAGCAGAAGACGACACGACCGACGUCGAAAUACAUGCAAAUGCAGUGUUUUCAACACUGGUAGGCAGCCGGACCCUGGGCAGCCUGCAGGCAGCCACAGCAGGCGAUCCCGUCCUGCAGGAGGCAAUUGCCAGUUUAGAAGCUGGAACUCCAGUUCGGGUGUCAAGCCCUGGGUAUCCCCGCUCCAAUGGCCUCGCGGAGAAAGGCGUCCAGGUGGUGAAGCGGCUACUCCGAAAAGCACAAUCAACAAAAGAGGACUUCUGGCUCGGCUUGCUUAGCUACCGUACGGCUCCGCUGGAAGGCGGUCGCUCUCCAUCGGAGCUUUUGAUGGGUCGUGGUAUUCGAAGCCUGCUUCCAGACUUCUCUUCGGAUCAAGCACCGCCUGUUCAAAAGCACACCCAGAACCUCAAAAAAAGGACGACAUCUAGAGCCGCUGCAGCCAGGAGACACCGUCCGUAUCCUAAACGAUGGAAAAUGGGCUACGAAAGCAACUGUCGAGUCCUACGUCGCUCCUAGAUCGUACAGCGUCGUCACAGAAGAUGGCAGGACGUUCCGUCGCAACAGGCAACAUCUCCUGAAAGUUGACGAAGAAUAUGAUUCAAGGACAACAGAAGAAAACGACGACUCGGAAUCGGAAGACGAUGGGGGACCGCAGUCGCCUGGA